GCGCGGCGGUUGCCAUGGCAACACGGGAGACGCCUCGUCCCGGUCCCUCGAAGACCACGACGGCGACGAGGAGGAGGAGGAGGAGGAGGAGGAAGAGCCGCGGCAAAAACAACACACACACAAACACACACACACCCCGCCCCGCGAUGGCCUCCGCGGGUCUCGAUCCCUGCCCAGCGGCCUCCUUGCUGGCGCUGGCCGAUAUGCUUCGCACCCCACCGGGAGACGGCGACGAUGAGGACGGCGAUGGAGAGCUCGGGGCAUUGUCUUCCUCAGUGAGCAACACGGGGCCAGGGAACAUUGGGCCUUCAAAGGCAGCAGGGCCGACGGCAACCACUCAAGUAAAAUCUGGAGACGGCAAGGAGAUCUGGAGCACAGAGGAGGUGCCAGAGGGGUCUGAAUAUGACGAUGCCUGGGACACCAGGGAGCAGCCCGAGUAUGAAAUUCUGUUCAAGCAGCAGGUGGGUGCUGAGGAUGUGUUCCUGGGGAUGAGCAGGAAGGAUCCCUCCACCGCCUGCUGUGAGGACAUGCUGAUUAAAAUCAAACUCCCUGACACAAAGGCUUCAGACAUUACCCUCGAUAUCCGGGAAAAGGUUCUUGAUCUUCGGAGCCCCCAGAAGAAGCUCCUCUUGCCCCUGCCCCAUCCUGUGGACAGCAAAAACGGGAAGGCCCUUUUUCUCGCUGAAAAGGGCACCUUGGAAGUCACUUUGAGGAUGAAACGGGAGCUUGAUUUUAUCAACUUUGCCUGAAGAGAAAGGGAGACCGUCCAUCCUAUCAAGAGGCUGAGAUUCCUCAGUUUGGCAACUGAGCAGGAGGGGUGGGGGCUUGCCACAUCUGUUUCCAGCUGCUGCAGUGCUUUGUGGAUCAUCCCAUACUGUGCUGGAAGGAUCCGGGCAUGUACUGGAGGGAUCUGGGCAGCCUUGCUCCCUCUCUCCUGGACUCUGGGAUGAAAAUCUUGCUGGGCAGGCCCUCAGCCUCUUGAACGAUUUCCUUAAGCUCCGUUGCUGCUUUCAACGCGGCUUUAUACCUACCUCGGCCUGCAGCAGCAGCAGUGGGACCAGGUGUGCGCUUCCGAACAGAGGGAGCAGCAAAGGAGGUAAGAGAGGACUUGCAGGUUUGUAGACGGACCUGCUUGUUUCUGACGAUUUGGUCUCUAUGUUAUGGAUAAUUAAACUGGUUUUACCCUUC